AUAAAACGGUCUAUUUUGUCUGAGGGUGGUGUUUUACAGGUCUACUAUGUUAAAGUUCUAGAGAAAGGCGAUACAUAUGAGAUAAUUGAAAGAAGCUUGCCUAAAAAGCAAAAGGUGAAGAAAGAUCCUUCUGUGAUUGAGAGGGAGGAAAUGGAGAAAAUUGGAAAAGUAUGGGUCAAUAUUGUAAGAAGAGACAUGCCAAACCAUCAUAGGAAUUUUACAGCUUUUCAUAGGAAGCAACUAAUUGAUGCCAAGAGGGUUUCAGAAAAUUGUCAAAGAGAGGUGAAAUUGAAAGUGAGUAGAUCACUUAAAUUGAUGAAGGGUGCUCCGAUUCGCACAAGGAAGAUAGCUAGGGACAUGCUGCUUUUCUGGAAGAGAGUGGAUAAGGAGAUGGUAACUUUAAAUUUUUUUAAUGGGAGUACAUUGAUUACAAUUAAAAUAUAUUUUUGA